CUUCUCAAGGCCAUUACGACCUGCUUCAGGUUGUAGACCUUUCAUUCAUAGAUUGACUCGCUCGCCCAACUCGACUCUGACUACAUACUGUGACUUAUUAUAUUACAUUAUGAGAGAACUGUCAGUGUUUCUUGGUUAAACUAAAAUGGGCGGUUUGCUGGAAAAACCUGACAGGAAGAAAACCGGCGGUAAAAACUGCGGCAACGGGGUUUCCUGUGGGGUCAGCUCUAUGCAAGGCUGGAGGGAGAGGAUGGAGGAUACGUUGGUAGCCAAGAUAUCUGUAAAUGACGAUUUGAAGGAGUUUUCUUACUUUGCGGUUUUUGAUGGGCACGCUGGCGGUUUUGCAGCGAGUUUCUGCGAAAAAACCCUUAUGGAUGUCAUAGUAAACCACAGAGAUUUCAAGGACAACCCCUCCGUGGUCAUAGAGCAGGGUUUCGUGCGUUUGGAUAACGAUUUGAGACUCGCUUCCACCGAUAGAAGUGGCUCCACAGCCGUGUUAUCGUUCAUAAAUGAUUCCAUGAUCGUUGUGGCCAACUGCGGCGAUUCUCGACUGGUACUUUGCAGAAAUAGUCAACCUUUUUUUGCCACCAGAGACCACACACCCUUGGAUCCAUCAGAGCAGGCCCGUAUCAAAGACGCGGGUGGUACUGUCACCAUGGGUAGAGUCAAUGGCAAUCUAGCUGUUAGUAGAGCGAUUGGCGAUUUUUCAUAUAAAAGCGACGGUAAAAAUAUUGUUUCCAACAUACCAGAUAUCUUUGUGUUACCUAGACAUCCAGACGAUCAGUUUAUGGUUUUGGCUUGUGAUGGUAUAUGGAACGUCAUGUCCAAUGAGGAAAUUUGUUUUUACAUCUACGAUAGACUGUUGGUGAUGGAUGAUUUGGAAGCAAUAGCAAAUGAUGUGGUUGAAACAUGUUUAUAUAAGGGAAGUAGAGAUAACAUGUCUAUCAUCAUAGUUAAGUUUCAAAACGCACUAACCCCACAACACGAAGCUAUAAUGGCGGACCAAAAGCUUGAUUCCGUCAUAUAUGAAAGAAUGAAAAAUAUAAUUUUACGAUAUCCAAACAAUAACUACUACACUUUACUACAAGAGCUGAAGUUUAUACACCCCUUUGAAGGCCUUCCAAGGGGAGGGGAUUUUGAAUCAAAACGAUUGUUGAUGGAUAAAAUCUACCAAGAGCUUAAAACAAAACCUGAAGAUUUGGAAACCAAAAUAUUGCUGGACAAAAUAGUUUUAUAAUUAUUAAAGUUAAAAUUUAUUUCAUGUUUCUUU